UAGCGCUGUGGUCCUGCUGUGGCUUGUGGGCGUUUCGUCUGUUACAUGCAGUUCAUGGAAGGAAGCUCAAACGCGUGCUUCGCUCCUUGUUAGUCGUGCGUCUCGACGAAUAUUUUUGCUACGUGUGGCCGUGAUCAGCGCCAGGUGAACCCAGCAGACAUCAUCAUGUUACUCAUACUCGACGAUGAACACAAACAGCACCUCCAGUUUAUCACCAGCGUCGACGAGCCGGUGGCAAAGGAGUUCUGCAAGAUCGCCAACGAGUUCCUCGUUCGCGGAGUGAACCCCAAAGUGUACCACUCUGCCGCGCAGAAGCUCCAAGUCGACGACGACGUCGUUCAGGGUGCCGUUGAGGGCCUUUCCCACCUUCUCAGCCAGGCCGCGAAGCUGAAGCUCGGCGAACAACACUUACGAGAAUCGCUAUUGCUGCUGAGCUUUCCCGAGUCUGUGUGCGAAGAGCUCGUGAAACACCACGUCGAUAACGAGAGGAACGUACGCAAGCUGCUGUCUGAGAAGUCCAUUCCCUGCUGGAGUUUCUCGCAUCUCCAAUGGAGACUGGAGGCCGAGGUCGCCAGUCGCUGUCUCAAGUCGCACGUGACGCCUCUCGUUACCUUCAAGUUUCAUCUCAAGCAAGGAGAUGGCAGCGAAACCAAAGAAGUGGUGUUGCAGACGGACCCUUUAAACCUGUUGCACAUGACCGAAUCACUGGAGGAAGCGCUACAGAGUGCCAAGUCUCUUCACAUGCGAAGAAUAGCGAAGCACGUCAAGUGAUAACUGAACGCGAUAACGGCUCUCGACAUCUGGAUCUGGUCGUACCCGUGUUGUACUCGAGCGUUUCUCGCGGAACAAGAACAAUGUAGUACAAGUCUGAACGAUUUGCUGCGGUGCGAUACUACGAUGCAAACAAAAAUAUUGCUUACCGUGUUACUUGAUUGGUGCACCAUAAAGGCGUUCCUUCACAUUAA